CUGUAUUUCUAAGCAUUUCUAUGAAUUUCUGCAGUUUUGUAAUGCUUCGUAAUUAUUUAUAUUUAUCAUGAAACGUGAUACAAAUUGAUUAAAACGAAUUUAAUACCAUAAUAUAGAGUGUUAUAUGUAAGGAUAAUUAUAAAAAUGAGUUUUUCAAUCGACGAAGUUAAUUUUAUUGUCUACCGUUAUUUACAAGAAUCAGGUUUUCACCAUUCUGCAUAUACAUUUGGCAUCGAGUCUCAUAUUUCUCAAAGUAAUAUCAAUGGUGCCCUCGUGCCACCGGCAGCUUUGCUUAACAUUUUGCAAAAAGGUUUAUUAUAUACAGAAGCAGAAAUAACUAUAGGAGAGAAUGGCACUGAAACGAGGCUUACGGAAAGCUUAAGUUUAAUUGAUGCAGUUACACCUGAUGCAGUUGCUAAUCGUCAAAACGCUCAUAAUGCUCAAAAGCAAGCCAUUAAAGAACCAAGUUCAGGUGGUGAACAGAAUGGCGUCGAUGUAUGUAUCAAAACGGACACGACACCAACGACAUGUACCACAGCUCCAACCCCAACUGGGAUACCAACACCAACUGCUGUCCCUGAGACUAUGGAUGUUGAUCAAUCAAUAGAAAUUCCAGCCAGUAAGGCAACUGUACUGAGUGGUCAUGAAUCUGAAGUAUUUAUUUGUGCAUGGAAUCCUAGUACAGAUUUAUUAGCAAGUGGCUCUGGUGACAGUACAGCAAGGAUAUGGGACAUGUCAGAUAAUCCCACCACAACACCAAAUCAACUGGUAUUAAGGCAUUGUAUUCAAAAAGGAGGUACAGAGGUACCCAGCAAUAAGGAUGUUACAUCUUUAGACUGGAAUUGUGAUGGAAACUUAUUGGCAACUGGAUCAUAUGAUGGCUAUGCUAGAAUUUGGGCUACUGAUGGUACCUUAGCCUCAACUCUAGGUCAACACAAAGGGCCAAUAUUUGCUUUAAAAUGGAACAAAAGAGGAAACUACAUUUUGAGUGCAGGGGUUGAUAAGACUACAAUAAUUUGGGAUGCUGCAUCGGGACAAUGCACACAACAAUUUUCUUUUCAUUCAGCACCUGCCCUUGAUGUAGACUGGCAGACAAACAAUUCUUUUGCAUCUUGUUCCACUGAUCAAUGUAUUCAUGUGUGCAGAUUGCAUGCAGAUAAACCAAUCAAGAGUUUUCAAGGUCACACUAAUGAGGUGAAUGCCAUUAAAUGGGAUCCACAAGGACAGUUGCUUGCAUCAUGUUCGGAUGACAAAACCUUAAAGAUUUGGUCCAUGAAGCAAGAUACCUGUGUUCAUGAUUUGGAAGCGCAUUCAAAAGAAAUUUACACAAUAAAAUGGUCUCCAACAGGACCGGGCACACAAAACCCUAAUAUGAAUUUAAUCCUUGCCAGUGCAUCUUUCGAUUCUACUGUUCGCCUAUGGGAUGUUGAUAGAGGAGUGUGCAUACAUACACUAACAAAGCACACGGAGCCCGUUUAUAGUGUUGCUUUUUCACCCGAUGGAAAAUUCCUAGCAAGUGGAUCAUUUGAUAAAUGUGUACACAUAUGGUCAACACAAACUGGCAGCCUGGUUCAUUCUUACAAAGGAACCGGAGGUAUAUUUGAAGUUUGCUGGAAUUCACGAGGCACUAAAGUUGGUGCUAGUGCUAGUGACGGAAAUGUAUUUGUGUUAGACUUGCGCAAGCUAUAACAGAUGCAGAAUGAUGUAAACUAUUAAAGGUUACAGAAAACCUUUAAUACUUUACACCAUUAAUUCAACAAAAGGAUAUGUCUUGUGUUCUGGAAUAAAAUACAUUGAUAUCCAAGGUGUAUUAGAUUGCAGUAAUAACAUUAUUAAAGACACUGACUUAAUAGUUUUAUGUGUUGUUUAUGAUAAGGAAAUUUUAUAAAACUAUUAUAAUACUUGUAAUGAUUAAAUAUAUAAUAACCAUUAGAUUGUGGAUGUGGAUUUAAAAUGUUGAGUUUUAUAGAGAUAAAUGCUGUAGAUGUCGAUUUUAAAUUUAAAGUAUUAUUAGUCAGCCACUCUGUAUUAUGAUAAUAACAUAUGAAAAAAUCAUAUAGAUUUAUGAACUUAAUUUGGGUCGUUUUUAUAUCUUAUAUUGUGACAAUAACAACAAUGUUUAAUACUUUACAUGUCCUCUAUACCAAAAUCAUAAAGGGGAAAGAUUUGCACUUUUUGUAUUUAAUCAAUUAACGUAAAAACUACUGGGCUGAUUUAAAAAAUUCUUU